AUGACCUCCGGAGCUAGCACCCAGCUCGACACCGAGCUCGAGUCGUUCCGCCAACAAUGGCUCACAGAUCUACACUCCAAAGGCAACCAGCCACCAUCUACUUCUGAGCCGCGUCAAGGAGAUUCAUCAUCAGUGCCGGCCAAACACAGGCGUAAAGUGUCAGCUCAGGCCCCGGCAGGGAAGAAGGCCAUCUAUGCUGAAGACGACAAUGACUACCUGCACGGCCAGGCCUUUGACGAGGCACCCCCUCCCUCGGGACACACUCUCGCAGGGUCGAGCAAAGAACAGCCAAGAGAGCUGGUCUCUGCGCUGGACCAUUUUGAAGAGGCCAUGGAGAGGGAAGCGCAGGGGAACAUGGGCGACAGCCUGAAGCUCUACCGGCAAGCUUACAAGCUGGACAACACCGUGGACAGGCGGUACCGGGAGAAGCACUUCCCGCCAGGGCAUGCCAAUCAAAAGAAGCCGAUUUCGGUGGCGAAGGAAGCAACUGAACCCGUACAGCCUCAGGAGCCUGAGGAGUCCAAACCGUUGACGAUCCAGGAUCUCAUCGCGUCCUUUUCCACAUUGGCCAUUGAGCCGACCCCGCCAGACGUGGAGGGCAUGCCGCAACCACCCUGCCCAAUUUCCGAACUGCCUGAUGAGCUGCUUUCGCACAUCCUGCUCGACGUGGCCAUCGCUGAUGUCGCGGAUUUUGCACGAUUGUCCCUGGUGUGCAAGCGCUUGGCCUAUCUGGUCUCUUCGGAGCAGCGCAUCUGGCACAGGGUAUGCAUCGGGAGGGAGUUUGGCUUCCAGGGCCUUUGGCGUCACUGGGGUAUCGAGACGGAGUGGCAACCGCUGCCAGAAUUGACGGAGCUUCCGAGCGGCGACGUUGUCAACACGAGAGACAUGCAGGAGGCCAGGACAUGGGAAGAGCACCGCAAAACCCUGUCUCUGGUCCCCUCCCCAUAUCCGUCAUGGCAGAUGCAAUUCUUCCGACGUCCCAGGAUACGAUUCAAUGGCUGCUACAUAUCGACCGUGAACUAUGUCCGCUCAGGCCAGCAGUCCACCAACCAGGCCACGUGGGGCGGUGCGCCCGUCCUCAUCGUCACGUACUACCGCUAUCUGCGAUUCUACCGCGACGGCUCGUGCAUUUCUCUGCAGACAACGAGCGAGCCGGGUGAUGUGGUGCACCAUCUCACAAAGGACGAGUUGGCGCGCCACAAGGGCGACAAGGACCGGGGCCAUUCGAGCACACUGCCCGGGGCCGUCAUGAGUCUCGCUCUAAAAGGCCGCUGGAGACUCGCCAACGAAGAGGACGAGAGCCACGGCAAGACGCUGGAGGAGCGCGAAGGUGACCUCUACAUUGAGACGGAGGGCGUCAAGCCGCGGUACAUGUACCGCAUGGAGCUGUCCCUGCGCAAUGCGGGCAAGGGCGCGCGAAACAACAAGCUUGUGUGGCGUGGGUUCUACAGCUACAACAAGCUGUCGGCUGACUGGGGCCAAUUCGGCCCCAAGAACGACAAGCCAUUCUUCUUCAGCCGCGUGCGGAGUUAUGGUCUCGGCGCGUGA